AUGACUUUAAGCCGCAAUCUCAGGCUCGGGGUAGAGUCCCAGCGUGAAAUCCUCCCGGAACAGUGAAAAAUCCGAGAGCAGCGGAGCCGAGCACCAUGCACCGGGCCGGGACACUUCUCACCACUUUACUCACUUUCUGGGCUUUCCUCAGGGUGGAAGGUGAGUCGUGUGAAACAAACAUAUGUUUAAAUGGAGGAACCUGUUUUGUCAGUUCAAGUAAAGAGCCCUUCUGCAUUUGCCCCGAUGGGUUUGCUGGUACAGACUGCAACACACCAGAGAAAGGCCCAUGUCAACCAAAUCCUUGCCACAACAAUGGGGAGUGCCAGGAACUGUCCCACACUCGCAGAGGAGAUACUUUUGCCCAGUAUACCUGCAAAUGUCUUCCUGGCUACUUUGGAGAGAACUGUGAAAACAGCGAGAAUCAUUGUUCUUCAUAUCCUUGUAAAAAUGGAGGUGUCUGCCAUAAUCUUGUCAAUGAUUACAGCUGUAAAUGCGUCUCGCCAUAUAUUGGCAAAGCCUGUCAAAUGCGUUGUGCAAACGCAUUAGGAAUGGAGGGUGGAGCCAUAUCUGAUGCCCAGAUCACAGCUUCUUCCCUUUACCAUGGUUUCCUCGGCCUACAGCGCUGGGGCCCUAAUCUUGCCAGGUUGAACAAUAAAGGAUUAGUCAAUGCAUGGACUGCAAGUAGCUAUGACAAACACCCUUGGAUUCAGGUUAACCUAUUAAGACAGAUCCGAGUAUCUGGGAUCAUUACUCAAGGUGCCAGUCGCAUGGGCAAGGCAGAGUACCUGAAGGAGUUUAAGGUGGCAUACAGUGUGGAUGGGCAUGAGUUCAUUUUUUACAAAGUUGAAGGACAGAACAAAGACAAGAUUUUCCAUGGAAACAUAGACAAUGAUGGCAGAAAGGCCAAUAUACUGAGUCCUCCAGUCACAGCGCAGUACAUCCGCAUCUACCCUGUCACCUGUCACAGAGCCUGCACACUGCGUUUUGAGCUCUUUGGCUGCGAGAUGAGUGUGUAUUUCAACACGGUAGGUUGCUCAGACCCACUCGGAUUGAAAUCCCAUAUGGUUUCUGAUAAGCAAAUAACGGCUUCCAGUGUCUUCAAGACAUGGGGGAUUGAUGCAUUUACCUGGCAACCACAUUAUGCCCGCCUGGACAAGAUUGGGAAAACCAAUGCCUGGACUGCCCGUGAGAAUAAUCAGUCAGAAUGGCUCCAGAUUGACCUAGGUGUUCUUAAGAAAAUUACAGGAAUUAUCACACAAGGUGCAAAAGACUUUGGAAAUAUUCAGUAUGUGGAAGCAUUCAAAAUGGCGUACAGUGAUAAUGGCACAACAUGGAUGGUAUACCAGGACAGCAGAACUAAAACAGAUAAGGUGUUUCUUGGGAACACUGACAACUACUCCCACAAAAAGAACAUCUUCAGUCCUCCGAUCUCAGCCCGGUAUGUGCGUAUUCUUCCCCAGUCCUGGCACGAGCGUAUCACGCUGCGGAUGGAGCUUCUCGGAUGUGACAACUAAACAACAGAGAAGUUUAAUGACAGUAGCAUUGUGCACCCAGUGAUCGUUCAGUUGCCGUUUCCUUUAUUCCCCCCCCCCCUCCUCUCCAUCUGUAAUUGUUGUCCAUGUGCCGGGGGAAGCUCCGUCGGUGAAAGCUCUAGACUUAUGGCUGAAAUGGAGGAGAUUCCGCAUAACGCAGCACAUGAAUAGACUGCUACAUUGGGACUUCUCCCUGGUCUAUUAAAAACAUCAAUAAACCCUACCGCCCAAAUUAACCGUAAAACUGAUUUAUGGAGUAACUUAAUCGUCUGCUGUAAGAUUUUUGUGAGAGCUGUAAUACGUGUUGUGAAUUUGUCCCUGUGUUUUGUAACCAGUUCAGUAUUUGAAAGCUUUGAAGUGCACUGUUUAUAAACCCCAAUGCUGCUACUCCAGCGACUAGAACAGCAUUGAAAACCGAAAGUCCUUUUGUAUUUCAAUAUUUUAGUUCUGUUGCACCUUUUAGGGUGAGCUGUAAAGAAUUAAUGCCCCCAAUUUGUGUUGGCUAUUCUAAUGUUGAUUUAUUCAGUGUGACCUCUGUUACUAUAUACCGUUUGUACUUAUGUAAUGCUCAUCAGACAAGUAACAUUAGCUACUGUAAUAGCUGCCUGCAUUUUACCCCUAUACUGAGCAUAGUCUCCUCAGAUGGUGUAUAUAUUAAUACAAGGCCUCAUGCACAUAUCAUUAUUUAUAGGGGAGAAUAUCUCCAUACACAUGGCUCCCAACAAAUCUUAUAUGGUAGCACAUGGAGGCCAUACAGCUCCAUACUAGUCCCCAGUGCACUGCCGUAUAGGCACCAUGCACACAAUACUGUUGUGAGCAUGUAGUUUGCUUGAUUUAGAGGUUCUUUGUUGCAGUUUGUUAUAAACAGAAUCUUCUGCACACUACUGAAUUUCCUUAGUGAAUUUCAUCAGCGCAUCUGUGCCGUCAAGAAGCUGGCUUAUUCUGGGUUAUUUUGGCACAUCAUUUGCAGUGCAAAUUAAUCCCUGCAAUCCAAAUUCCCAUUUGACUAAUGGGCAGAUUCCGCAUAAAGAAUGAACAUGUUCAUUCUUUCGUGAAAUCCAGAUCUGUGUCAAAAGUUCCACUCUAGGAAAUAAUUUGCCAACAGUGGUGUCUAGCCAGCUUACCCCCUCUACUCAUCUAAAACACAUGUACACUCCCAGCGUUAAAGGGGUACUCUACUGGCAAGUGUUCGAACGCAAAUGUUCCGAACGCUGUUUUCGCGCUGCGGGGGUCUGCCAUGACCCUUGUGACAUCAUGGCCACACACACCCUCAAUGCAAGUUUAUUGGACUUGCAUUGAGGGUGUGUGGCCGUGAUGUCAUGAGGGUCAUGGUCAACCCCUGCAGCGCGAAAACAGCGUUUGGAAGAUUUACUUCCGACCGCUGAUCAGUGGAGUACCCGUUCGGUAUCUAAUGGGUAUGGCCAGCUUUACAAAUUGCCACAACUUUUCCCCCACUGAUAUGAGGUCAUGCAUAGUUGUUAAGCAGUAAGUCUGAAAAGGUAAGGAUAAUGCUUUACUAUAGUGCGAUGUGUAUUCACAAACAUGGAGAAUUGGUUGUCAAAACUUUUUUAUUAAGUCACUGUAAGGAGCACUUUAAAUAACUUAAAGGUUAUCUACCAUUUUAUAAAGCUUAAUAAAAUAAUGAAACAUUA